CUUGACAUAGGGAGUGAAGAAGAACGUGGGUUUGUGUUGUCACAUCUCCAGAAAAUUGGUCGCAUAAUCAUGUUAUGGACAGGUCUUAAUGACCUAAAGAACCCCAGAACUUGAAAUACUUCCUGAAGAGAAGCUGGGGCUAUAACCUACUCAGAAGAUUUCAGCAGCCUCAGGAAAACUGCCAAGCACUGUGACACUGAUAAGAAUUAGCAACACUGUGAGCAGGAUUAGUUCUGUAGCAUUUGUAUUCUCACAGUUUCUCCUUCUUUAACCCUACUUUGAUCUGUAUCUGAAUUCAAACACUCUCUGAUGAGUGUGAUCAUUCUGUGGAAUGCAACAGAGACCCUGUAGGUGUAGGGUAGUGCAUGAAUGAAUGGAGUGCUUUGGUGACACCCUCAUGUCUGUUCUGACACUCGAUGCAGUUCUUCAGUUAGGAAGUGCAAAAGGUAGCCAAAGACUGUUUAAUUUUCUUUCUCUUGCAAGCCUUGCUGCAGAGGUUUGUGGUCUCCUGUGCUCGUCAAUAAUUCUAGUGUUUAGGAAAACCAGUACAUAAAAAAAGAUAUGCAGCGAUCUGUGUAGCAUUUUUGAAAUGGCAGACUAUAUGCACAAGUCCUGCUGAAAGACAAGUUCAAGUAUUUCACACCAUUGAAGAUGUUCUUUGCUCUCUUGGGAAGUGAAAAAUAGCACAAUAUUUUAUUUUAUUUUUUCAACACAACAAAUUAAUCGAAAAAUAGGCUUAUUCUCAACAAAUAUGAUUUUUCAUUUUCUCAGAGAAAUGAGAAAAAUGUUUUUUUUCCUCCCUCUUCCCUCUUCUAAGCAUUUUUAAUAAAAGAAUAAACAACAGAAGUCUUAAAAUCAGGGUGGUACCUCAGCUUUUCUCCAUUGUAGUACUUAAAACAUUCACUUAGCCUGUAGGACCACAGACUUGCAAUGUCUGACAGCACUCAUGCUCUUUUACCUGUGGAGAGUGCCUCAGUGCCAUGCCUAAAUGUUCUGGGGUUUCCAUUAAGGCCCUGCAGAUGUUAGAAUAUGUUAGUGUCCCGCAGAUUGAAGCCUGUGUCCCACUGGAGGGCUCUGCCAUGGGAUGCUGGAAGCAGAUUCCUCAAGCAUCUUUCCUCCAAAAUGUCAUGUUGUGCCACCCUAGUGCUUGUAGAGCUCUGCUGGAAAAACAGAAAGUACCUCAAAGGUUGGAAACCUGGAGUGAGGUGAGUGUCCUAACAGCUGAGAAACCAGCAAACAGGAGAAGGGGAAAAGAUGGAUAGCAUUUCCUCAUCUGAUUGUGAAUCUAGCCAUGGUUUUUCAGAUAAAUAUUUUUGUUUUCAGACUCAGUUUAUGAGUACUUUUGACUGAGUGAUUUUUAAGUGAAUGCCCUUUUUAGAAAAUUAUCCAUACAAGAUUAUUAAUCUAUUAGAUAAAUAAUGAUUUUUAAAGUCUUGUUUGUACAGAUAAAGCACACUCAUGUGGCUUAUAUUAUAUUAUAUUAUGCUAUGUUAUAUUAUUAUCUUGUAAUUUUUUGUGAUAGAAGGGAUGGAAUUUUAGAUUGGAACCUUUAUUAAAAAUAGACCUAUAUAAUCAACUUGUAUAAAUGAAGUACAUAAUUUUUUGAUAUUUAGGAAAAUGCUUGCAGUGAGGGAAACCUUAAUAAUUUACGAAUGUAAUCUAAAAAUGUCUGGGUUUUAAUUUCCUUUAUUUCAAUCUAGGAAGAAGGUCAGCUUGUGUGGACAGAUGGAUCUCCUUAUCUUCUAAAAGAUGGUAUCUCAUCUCUGUCAAUGAUACCAGAAAAUCAAACUGACUGCUAUGCCCUUCAGAGAGAUCCCACUGGCCCAGACUAUUUCUUCACAGGAUUUUUCUGCUAUGUCCAGCUCCCCUAUAUUUGUGAAUAUGAAUUACCUGUGGUACCAGAAAACUUCAUGUUUGAUGUGCAUGAUGUCAAGACAACUGAAGCUGUAUUUGUGUGGAGCAGUAUGGACAUGUGGCUUAAGUCAGGCUUUACACUUAUACUUAAGUACUACUUUGAUCAGUGGAAACCAUACAUUCUGAACUUGCCUGUGAAUACAACUCAAAUAAAAAUUGGGCAGCUGUCUCCAGGCCUUCACUAUAGUUUCUUAUUAGCAGCAAGGAUCCCAGAAGGAGCACAGACUAGCUUAAGUCCAAUUCUGAAGGUAGAAACAAGGCCCUUGCACUCCCAGAAGUUAGAGGCUACAUAUGUUUCAUCUACAGAAAUACAUUUAACAUGGAAGUCUCCACAGCAUUCAUACAGCAUUUCUUUUCAUCACUACCUGGUCAGCAUAUUGGAUACUGAAACCAACAACUGGGAACAGCUGCCAGUUGAAAAAAGCAAGACUUCAAUCGUCAUACAAAAUAGAAAACCUUAUCAUCAGUAUCAGUUAUAUUUACAGAAAGUAGCAGAGAAAGGAACUCUAAGCUGCCAUGAGAAGCCUAUAUUAAUCACAACAGCUGUCAGUCCACCUACAGCUGUUUAUAUUCACCCAGAGGAUGUAGAAGAAGAGAGUGUAAUCCUCCACUGGAAGCUGCCACAAGAGUGUCAGGAAUCCUACAUUCAAGUGAAACCUAAUGCUGGCAUUGGUGAAACGAAAAAGUUUUUAUUAAGUAAUAAAGAAGAACUAAAGGUUGAUGACCUAACUCCUGGAAUGGCUUAUGAAAUAGCAGUGGCAAGUGUGAAAAAUGGGACUAUGAGUGAACUGAAGACCAUUCAAUGCACUUUAAAGCCCAAGCCUGUUCAAAUUGUAGUUCCUUAUGAGCUGUACAGCAGUGCUGUGGUACUGUUUGUUCGCAUGCCUGAUCUCGGAGUAUUUGAUGGCAUAUAUGUUACAAGUAAAGAAGGACCUAAUGCAACAUUCAUUUUAAAAAGUGAUGGUAAAAUAACAAUUGAGAACCUUACUGCAGGAAGAGAAUAUAAUUUCUGUGUCUCCACAAAAAGUGGAAAAAUGUUGAGCUCCUUUUACCAUAUAAACAGUGUAAAAACAUGUCUGGCAGCUCCCCUGAAUGUACGAGAGGGUGAGGUCACUGACACUUCCAUACAGCUCUCCUGGGACCGUGCCGAUGGAGAUUUCGAGCAGUACGAGGUUACCUGCACUAACUGUGCAAGUGCUUUCAAGGUCCAGAAGGUCAAGCAAGAAGCAGCAAUAUUUUCCAACCUUAGUCCUGGUAAGCUGUACAGUUUUGCAAUUCGAACAGAGAAGGAAGGUUUCAGAGACAGUGUUUUUGUGAAAAAAGCAAUAGAGACAGCACCAAGUGCAGUCAAAUAUCUGAACUGCAGCAGAGACUCUGAAUCAAUAACUGUUACCUGGCCCCCAGCCCAAAGUAUGUUUGAUGGAUAUGUUCUUUCAAUAAACAGUAAGGACUUCAACGAGAAGAAAAUGUUACCUUCUGGUGUGAGAAUGCACAAAUUUGAGCAUCUUCUGCCAGGCACUGAUUUCUUAAUCAAUAUUAUGACAACCAAUGGAUUAAAAAGAAGUUACCCAACUGUUCUCAAGAUUAGCACCUAUCCUGAUCCACCAUCAGAUUUACAAGUGUUUGGUCAAGAAGAAAAUACAGUCUAUUUUUCUUGGAAACUACCAAGAGGAGGAUUUGAUAUGUUUCAGCUUUCAUAUUGUCUGAUGAAUAAAGAAAUGCUGCUUACCAGAACUAUUUAUGACAGCAGAGCUGUAGUGAAAAAUCUGACCCCUGGGACAGAAUACAUUUUUCGGUUAAGAACAAUUAAAGGCUUGGAUUCCUCUGUGGCUGUGGAGAAAAAAGUCAUCACAAAACCUGCUGGGAUAUGUGGUCUGAUAUUAAAAAUGGUAAAUACUUCCUCUGCAACUGUAAUGUGGAAUCCAACCAAGACUAACUUCACUUCAUAUAAAGCAUCUUUAUCCAACAACACCUUCAUUAAAAAGUUCAGAAUUCCAGGAACAGAGACUGACUUCAGUGUUACAGACCUGAUAGCUGGGGGCAUUUACAAUUUCACACUGAAAAGACUAAAAGGAAAUAUCGAAGGAGCUUCUGCUUUCCUUGAAUUUGUAACAGAACCUGCAAAGCCAGAAGGUCUUAAAUUCUUCAAUGUUUCAUCAUAUUAUUUUUCACUGUAUUGGAGACUACCGUAUGGACUUGUAGACAGAUUUCAUGUGGCUCUUGUUCCUGAUCAUGCCUCUGUUGUUAUCCUAGAUCUUGGAGUUAGGGAGUAUCAAGCUGAUUUUUCCAAUACUAUUCCUGGAACAACAUACAAUGUUACAGUUUCUGCAGUUUCUUCUUCCGUCUAUAGUUCACCUGCAAGUAGAACUGUGACAACAAAUGUGACAAAUCCUGGACCACCUGUGUUCCUUGCAGGUGAAAGAGUGGGUUCUGCUGGGAUUCUGCUGUCAUGGAACACACCACUCUAUCCAAAUGGGAGAAUUCUAUCCUAUAUUGUUAAAUAUAAAGAAGUCUGCCCGUGGAUGCAAACAGCUUAUACACAGGUCACAACAAAGCCAGAUAGUUUGGAAGUUCUUCUCACCAGUCUUAACCCUGGAACAACUUAUGAAAUUAUGGUUGCUGCUGAGAACAGUGCUGGUAUUGGAGAGUUUAGCGAUCCUUUCCUCUUCCAGACUGCAGAAAGUGCUCCAGGUAAAGUAGUGAAUCUCACAGUUGAAGCCUUAAAUUCUUCAGCUGUAAAUCUGAUCUGGUUUCUCCCUCGGCAACCAAAUGGAAAGAUUACUAGUUUCAAGAUUAGUGUGAAACAUGCAAGAAGUGGAAUUGUAGUGAAAGAUGUCUUGGUUAAAGUAGAGGACCUUCUGUCUGGGAGGUUACCAGAAUGUAAUGAUAAGAGUGAAUCUUUUUUGUGGAGUACUACCACUCCUUCAACUACUUUUGGGAAAUCCACAAGUCUUUCACAGACUACAGUGACACCAAGUACAGAAGCAGCAAGUCAGAUGAGCUCUGUUUGGAGUGAACCGAUCAGCUUUGUAGUAUCUAACCUCAGGCCAUACACCACCUAUCUUUUUGAAGUCUCUGCAGUUACCACUGAAGCAGGCUACAUUGACAGCGCAAUUGUCCGGACACCAGAAUCAGUUCCAGAAGACCCACCACAGAAUUUUGCCAAGAGCAACAUUACAGCAAAGUCUUUCUCAGUAAUGUGGGACCCACCAACCAUAGUAACAGGGAAAUUCAGUUACAGAGUUGAGCUGUAUGGACCAUCUGGUCAUGUCCUGGAUAACAGUACAAAAGACCUUAAGUUCGUGUUCAGUAACCUUGUGCCGUUUACAACAUACCAGGUGUACGUCAGUGCUGAGACAAGCGCUGGGGUGGGGCCAAAGACCAACCUCACAGUUUGCACUCCUGCGGAUGUCCCAGGUGCUGUAUCAGAUUUACAAGUAGCAGAAGUGGAAGCCACAUAUGUAAAAAUUACUUGGAGAAAGCCACAACAACCAAAUGGAAUCAUUACCCAGUACAGAGUUAAAGUACAUGUGCAGGCAACACUCGCCACUCUGGAAAACACUAUUCUUGGAGACAAAAAUAAGUAUCUGAUUGACUCUUUGGAACCAUACACAAUAAAUGAAAAUAUCAAACCUUCUUCUACCCCUUGGAAUUCAAUGGAAGCAGAGAAUGAUUUAUAUGAAGGUUCAGCUGAAAUGUUUUCCAGCAUUCAGACAGCUUCCCCAGUAAUAUUUACAAGUGUAACUGCUGAUAAUUUGCCUGAUAUAAAUGGAGCUGCAGAACUACAUUCUGCUUUGGAUAAUCAAUAUAACAUCGACAUUUUGUCUGAAGAGCUGUCAUACGUUAUAAAGGGCCUCACACCUUUCACAGAUUAUACAAUUAGUGUGUCUGCUUUCACUGCUGUUGGAGAAGGACCACCAUUAAUUCUUACAGUCAGGACAAGUGAACAAGUCCCAAGCUCAGUACAAAAUAUAUUUUACAAGAAUAUUAGCUCCUCCUCUAUCUUGCUGUAUUGGGAUCCUCCACCAAAUCCUAAUGGGAAAAUCAUUCAUUAUACUGUUUAUGCGAUGGAACUGGAUACAAAAAGAACAUUUAAUGAAACAACUUCAAACAACAGCUUACUUAUGACAGGUUUAAAAAAGUACACAAAUUACAAAAUGAGAGUCACAGCCUCUACCGCAGUUGGAGAAAGUGCUUUGUCUGAGGAGAAUGAGGUGUUGGUGCGAACCCCUGAGGACGAACCAGAUUCCCCACCACAAAACGUAGAAUUAAUAAAUGUAACUGCAACAGAAAUAAAUCUGAGAUGGUUACCACCUCAGCAGCCUAAUGGUCUCAUAACUCACUACGAAGUUCUGUACAGUGAUUCCAAUGAUUUUUUAAUUAAAAAUGCCUCAUCUCCAAGUAUAUCACUAAGUGAAAUGAAGCCAUAUACUCACUACAACAUCUCAGUAAGGGCAUUCACCAGACUUGGCCAUGGGAAUCAGUCAUCUUUUCCGCUUCUGGUCAGAACCUCUGAAACUGUUCCUGCUUCUGCACCAGAAAACAUAACCUAUAGGAACAUCUCAUCCAUGGAAAUUGAAUUAUCAUUUUUUCCACCAUCCAUUCCCAAUGGAAUCAUACAGACCUACACAAUAUAUCUCAUGAGGACUAACGGGACUGAGGAAAGAAUUAUAAACACUACCCUUCUGACACUACGUAUUACAGAUUUAAGUAAAUAUACAGAAUAUACUGCAGAAGUGUCUGCCAGUACCGCAAUGGGGGAGGGUGUUCGUAGUUCACCUCUGCAUAUACUAACUGAUGAAGAUGCUCCAAGUUCUCCUCCACAAGCCCUCUCUGUAAAACAGUUGUUGGGUGUCACUGUGAAGUUGUCAUGGAAACCUCCACUGGAGCCAAAUGGAAUUAUCCUCUAUUACACAGUUUGUGUCUGGAAUAAAAUGUCGAAGAGGUGUAUAAAUGUAACAGAAACAUCACUGGAAUUCACAGACCUAGAAUAUAACUAUGAGUAUAGUGCUUACCUAACAGCAAGUACAAGAUUUGGAGAUGGCAACAUAAAAAGUGAUACUAUAACAUUCAGAACUUCUGAAGGAGCACCAAGUGAUCCACCAAAGGAUGUUACAUACAGAAACCUUACUUCCACAUCAAUAAUGCUUUUCUGGUCUCCUCCUCAAAAGCCUAAUGGAAAUAUACUGUACUACUCAGUUUAUUUCAAAAACAAUUCAGGAAUAUUCAUACAGAAUUUCACAAGUUAUGAUAAUGACAGCAACGUCAGUGUAGUGCUGGAUGACUUGGCAAAAUACAGCUAUUAUACUUUGUGGUUAACUGCAAGCACAGCAGUUGGAGAUGGAAACAAAACCAGUGAAAGAAUAGAUGUGUAUACAGAUCAGGAUAUCCCAGAAGGUUUUGUUGAAAGUCUGAUCUAUCAAAACAUUUCCUCAUCUUCUGUAAAUGUAAGCUGGCUUCCACCAUCCCAGCCAAAUGGCUUAGUCUUCUUUCAUGUUUCUCUAAGUUUAAUGCAACUGGGAACCAGUAAGAUAUUAUCUUUCCUUACUUACAACACAAGCAUAAUUUUUGAUGAUCUGGAGAAAUACAGUGAUUACAUUCUGAAAAUCACACCAGCCACUGAUAAAGGAUCUUCUGAACGACAUACUCUAAGUCUUCAUAUAAGAACAGAUGAAGAUGUCCCAGAAUCAGCGCCUGUAAUGAAAACAUUUUCAAAUCUCUCAACUACCUCAGUUAUGCUUUCAUGGGACCCUCCCACAAAGCCAAAUGGUAUUAUAAUACAUUAUGAUUUAAAUCUAUUUGGGCCAGAAAGGAAUAAGUCAUUCUCUACCACCAAUAAUUUUAUCAUUUUGGAAGACCUUCUGCCAUUCACAUUGUACAGCAUUUAUGCAGCUGCCAGAACAAUAAAAGGACCUGGUCCAUCUGCUGUGCUUCAGUUCUACACAGAUGAGUCAGUGCCAUUAGCUCCACCCCAGAAUUUAACCAUUGUGAACUACACUGCAGAUUCUGUGUGGCUAAAAUGGGAUCCAAGUCCCCAGUCGAAUGGUGUUAUUAUGAGAUAUAAUUUUAAGAUUUAUCAAAACAACACUGAAAAACUUUUUUUUUGGAACAUUUCAGGCUCAAACCAUGACACAAACAUUGUUGGAUUAGAACCAUACAGCCCCUAUUUUAUCAGUGUCUCUGCCUUUACCAAGCUUGGGAAUGGCGAUCAGUUCAGUAAUGCUGUCCAAUUUACAACGAUGGAAUCAGUGCCAGAUGCUGUACAGAACAUUCAUUGUAUCGCAACGAGUUGGCAAUCGAUCCUAGUGCAGUGGGACCCUCCUGCUUCAGCCAAUGGCAUAAUUACACAUUACAUCAUAGCAGUUGAAGGAAAUUCUACAAAUGUUUCAUCUUAUGGUACACUGCAUACUUUUAGAAAUCUGCUUUCCAACGUUACUUAUCAAAUUAAAAUAAAAGCUGCAACAUCUGCUGGUGAUGGUGAGGAACAGAUAUGCAAUGCCAGUACACUUCCAGAAAAAGUUCCUAGUGCUCCCAGGGAUAUUGUUUUUUCCAAUGUGCAAUCAACAAGUGUGACCUUGCAUUGGAGAUCACCAAAAUCUGUCCUUGGCUACUUUCAAAACUACAAGAUUACCACACAGCUACAAUCCAUCCACUGCAGUGACUGGGAGGCUAUGGACUGUAUUGAAUAUGAGAUGCAUCAGUAUUUAUAUGAAAAUGUCAUGGAUGACUGGAUAGAAGACACAGUGUAUGGACUGAAAAAAUACAGAUGGUACAGAUUUGCUGUUGCUGCCAGUACAAGUGUUGGUUAUGGCAGUUCUUCACCUUGGAUUUCAACUCAAACCCUUCCUGGCUCUCCAGAUGGUCCUCCAGAAAAUGUGACUGUUUUAGCUACAUCUCCUCACAGUAUUAAUGUCACCUGGAGUGAACCUGCCAUCAUUACGGGACCAACGAGCUACCUCAUAGAUGUUACCUCAGUGGAUAAUGACAACUAUAAGGCUCAGUUUUUGAAGACAAAUGAGGAGGAUAAAAUCUUAGAAAUUUCUGAUUUGAAAGCAUUUACGAGGUAUUGUGUAGUGAUCAUUGCCUUUACGGGGGAUGUUAAUGCUGCACUCCUAGAAGGCAAGGCCAGUUCCCCUGUAAUUGUCUCCACUUUUGAAGCAGUGCCUGAAGACCCACCUAACAACAUAACUUUCCAGAAGAUACCAGAUGAAGUAACAAAAUUCCAAGUAACAUUUGUGCCACCAUCUGAACCAAAUGGAAAUAUACAAGUGUAUCAAGCUAUGGUUUACAAUGAAGAUGACCCUGCUGCCAUCCAGAUCCACAACCUUAGUGUCAUUGAAAAAAAAGAUCAGUCAGUCACUGCCAUGAUAGAAGGACUAAAAGGAGGACAUACCUAUAAUGUCAGCGUGUAUGCAAUUAACGGUGCUGGUGCAGGGCCAAAAAUUCAAUUGAAAAUAACCAUGGAUAUCAAAGAACCUCCAAGGCCCAAAAAGAAACCAGCACCAGUUUAUGAUACCAAUGGAGCAUUACUCGUCACAGCUACAACAAUUACAAUCAGAAUGCCAAUAUGUUAUUACAGUGAUGAUCAUGGCCCUAUCAAGAAGAUACAAGUUCUUGUAGUGGAAGCUGGAGCUCAGCAUGACGGGAAUGUAACCAAGUGGCAUGAUGCCUACUUCAACAGACCAAGGCCAUAUUUUACAAAUGAAGGCUUUCCAAACCCACCAUGCACAGAAGGAAAAGAAGAUCUGAGUGGGAAAGAAGAGAUAUAUGUCAUAGGUGCUGAUACUACAUGUCUGAUAUCAGGCAGUCAAGACAAAAUAUGCAAUGGCCCACUGAAACCAAGGAGGCAGUACCUAUUUAAGUUCAGAGCAACUAACAUUAAAGGGCAGUUUACAGAUUCUGACUAUUCUGACCCUGUCAAAACAUUGGGUGAAGGAGCGACAGGAAGAUCUGUAGAAGUUGUCCUUGCUGUAACUUUGUGUAUAUUUUCAGUUGUUCUUUUGGUGGCUGCAGUAUAUGCUUUUGCAAGAAUUCGGCAAAAACAAAAAGAGGGAGGCACAUACUCCCCACGAGAUGCUGAAAUUAUUGACACGAAAUUCAAACUGGAUCAGCUGAUCACAGUGGCCGACCUGGAGCUGAAGGAUGAGAGAUUUACACGGCCAAUAAGCAAGAAAUCCUUUCUACAACAUGUUGAAGAGCUUUGCACAAACAACAACCUAAAGUUUCAGGAAGAAUUUUCGGAACUUCCCAAGUUUCUUGAAGACCUUGCUUCAACAGAUGCUGAUCUGCCUUGGAACAGGUCUAAGAAUCGUUUCCCAAACAUAAAGCCAUAUAAUAACAACAGAGUAAAGCUGAUGCCUGAUGCUGGUAUUCCUGGAUCUGACUACAUUAAUGCCAGCUAUGUGUCUGGCUAUUUAUGUCCAAACGAGUUUAUUGCAACUCAGGGACCAUUACCAGGAACAGUGGGUGAUUUCUGGAGAAUGGUGUGGGAGACAAGAGCUAAAACACUUGUGAUGCUCACACAAUGUUUUGAAAAAGGACGUAUAAGAUGUCAUCAGUACUGGCCAGAAGAUAAUAAACCAGUGACUGUGUUUGGGGAUAUAGUGAUUACUAAAUUGAUGGAAGAUAUUCAAAUAGACUGGACCAUCAGAGACCUAAAAAUUGAAAGGCAUGGAGACUGCAUGAUGGUGCGACAGUGUAACUUCACUUCUUGGCCAGAACAUGGAGUCCCCGAAACUACUGCACCAAUUAUCCAUUUUGUAAAACUUAUCCGUGCAAGUCGAGCACAUGAUAACACACCGAUGGUGGUUCACUGCAGUGCUGGUGUUGGAAGAACAGGUGUUUAUAUUGCACUUGACCAUUUAACCCAACAUGUAAAUGACCACGAUUUUGUGGAUAUCUACGGACUUGUAGCUGAGCUAAGAAGUGAAAGGAUGUGUAUGGUACAAAACCUGGCACAAUAUAUAUUUUUACAUCAAUGUGUAUUGGAUCUAUUGACAACUAAGGGAGGUAGUCAGCCCUUAUGUUUUGUAAAUUAUUCAGCACUGCAAAAGAUGGACUCUCUGGAUGCCAUGGAAGGUGAUGUGGAGCUUGAAUGGGAAGAAACAACCAUGUAAAUACUAGGAGUAAAUAUUACAGAAAAGGAGAUUUUGAAAAUCAAAGUAAUAUUUUUCUAACCACAGGGGCCAAAGCGAAUUCCCCUAUUUUGUUGAUUAAAGGAAACACAGAUGAUUGAGACAUCUUUUCUUCUAUCAAUGUGCCUUCAUAAAUAAGUUAAAGUAUUUUAUUCAGAACACUGAGCAAUAAUGGUUUGGAGUACUGUUGCACAUACUGCACUUCUGGUGUUAUAUAAAUAGUUCAUUCAGUAUGUAUUUAAAGUGUAUUUGAACACAUUCCUUUUUUUCCAAACUAUCUUUGUAAAAGAAAAAUGAGCCAAAUAGGAUGUAAAAAAUUAAUAUUUCCAUUGAACCUACUUUGGUGUGAAUUUGCUGUGUUCUGUGUGUUUUGGUUUUAAGUAAAAGCUAAGGUUUCUUUACUCAUUCUUGACAGAUUGGCUUCAGUGUUGUCAGUUCUUGCAGAUUAAUUCCAGGACCAUCACAAUGAUCUUUACCUCACUGUAUGUUCUUGUGUUUUGAAUAUUUUUUUUACAAGAGGUAGUACAUCAGCUCAUGAUCCUGAACAGCUGAAGAGUCACCUCCUGACAUAGGGAGGAUUAUUCAGCUUUUACACAGCACACAGUAGCUCUUCAGGGACACUUGGGGCUAUUUAAACUAUUUUAUAAUCAGCAGGUUGGGUUUUUUUAAAUACAUAAUGAUGAUUGCAUAUGUUCUGUGUGGAAAAAAAAAAAGUGUUUUACAUUCCUGCUACUUUUUCAAGCAGAUAAAACAAAGUAAAACUAAAAAUCUAUAAUGUGUUAUAAUGAAUGCUAGAUUGAUUUAUGUAAUAGAAUGUUUAGAAUUCUUUCAGCUUUCUUGAAUAUAACACUAUUCAGCAUUUUGAAAGUGGCUCAAAAUUUAUUAUCAAUGUAUUUUAUAACACAGUUGUCAAGUAAAAAUGUUUUUGCACCUUCCUCAGAUUUGGGAAAACUGCAGACACUGAAAAUUAUGGAAGCUAAUAUCUAGAGAUUUAAUAAGAGAAAACAGCUUCCAUUCCCAGUGAUGAUGAUAUGAUGGUUAUUGUUAUUAUUGUAAAUAGAUCUGAAACAGGAAUGACAGAAGCAGGAAGCUUGUAUCUGAGAAGAAAAGCAAAAAUUAGUAGAUUAGGAAGAUUAGACAGACAAUGAAACUGUGUGCCCUGGUUUUACAUGGAAGUGGCAGUAUUCAAUUGAUAUUAUUGGGUGGAAGGGUUGAUUGCUAAGUUUUUCUCAGGUAAAGAAAUGUAUCAUCAUUCUGAAUAACAAUGAAGCUGUGACCUUAAUAUGAGAUGCAAAACAUAAGAGCAAAGGUACUUUGGAACUGCCAUCUUAUAUUGUGUUUAGAUAGAAGAAAUCAAAGCUGUCUUGUUGAGGCUCAGGGAAGUCAGACAAAACUCUUUAGAACCCUGAAAUAUGUAUGUGAAGGGCUGUUCUUGUGUGCACACACUGAACAGAAUAGCCAAUGAACAAAAAUUUCCAUUUCUUCACUGUAGCUUCCAGACAGAAAAUCCUAUGCAGAAGGCAACGUGAUAUUUUUUCAGAACCAAACAACGGUGUUUGUAGAAACCGGCAAGGAUGCUACAGUGAAGACCCUUUGUAAUUUUGCAGAAAGUGCCAAAUAUGUAAAAUGAAAAUCAAAAGACAGCAUUUUAGGAGGUAGAAGUGGUCUACAGAGAUAUUUGGGCAAUCUGUCUUUAAGGAAGAUCAACGGUAUUGUAAACAUCACCUGUCAGGCUAAAAAGAAAACAAUGCCUUUUAAAGCUUGAUAGGGGAGAGAGAGGUGAUGUCCACAGCUGUUCAAGUCUCUGGCAAAGCAUUCGGUGCAGCUCUAGUUUCAUUUGGUUCCUAUGAAACAUGUGUUCUUCAUUUAUUAUACAUGUACUUUAAAGUAUUCUGACAAAUUGCUUAUAGGGACUUACAGAUGUUUUUCAUGAUUUGUGGUUGUACUUGGUAGCAGUACAGGGAGCACUGUGAUAAAUUGACAUUAUAGAGUCAUAAUCUUGUAUAGUCUUAUAUCCACAAUGGUGGAAUAUCUGCAGGAAAAAGCUAAGCCUUAUGCAACUUAGAGAUGAACUCCAGAAGUUCUAAAUGUGCUUAAGUGUUCUCUGGCUUUUAUAAAAUACUUAAUGGUGAAGAUUCUAUACACUCCUUUAGGGAACCUGCCUAUUGUUACACUACAUCCAGGAACAUGCUUGCCUGACAGAAAAUGGGACUCCCUUUUCUCUAUGAAAAGAAAUUCAAGUACUUUACUGUACAAUUUGACAUAAGCAAUCUGAUAUAUGCCACCUUGAUGCAUUUUGCAUUGUCUCCAGGGUAAAAGGUAAUAUUCAGCAUGAACUGGCCACAGCUCGUAAGGUACGUGGUCAGGGAAAGAGGUAUCUCCAAACAAUUCUCUCCAAGUACUGGUUUUUAGUAGUUUGAAACUUCCUGUGUGUCUGCCAAUGCUUUACAGGGAUAGAGGAUCAUUCAUAUAUCAAGAAAUUCCUCCAGACCUCAGUUCUGUUAUGAAGGAAGAUUUUCCUCAUAGUCUCUUGUUUUCCAUCCCUUCUUCCCUUUUGAAAUGUCCCUUCCCUAUGGUGGUGCUGCUAACAGCACUGCAGAGCUGAAGUCAAGCAGAAUUUGUCCAAUUGCUAUUUUAAAAAUAUAUUUUUAUAUAUGAAACAGCCCAUCCAUUCAUUUUUAAUGUCACCACUCAAUUUUCUACAAAUUCUUGGCACUUCUAAUAUAGCAAGAGCGUCCUCUGCCAAAAUUAGGAAUGGAAUGAAUCAAAAUUGGAGAAAAAAUCAGAAAUUCUACAGGAUUAUUGAAAUUAGGUCACACUGUACUAAAUUAUCUUGGAAAUUUCUAGAGACUGAGAUAUCUCUAUACAGAGAAGAAGCAAUAUUUUUAUACCUAUGUAUUUAUAGCCAGUUCAGCUGGACAGGAGACUACUGGCAGUGCCCUUAAAAUACUGACUGGUUCUGUUCACAAAGGUAACAGAAAGACAGCAGAACAUUAAGUUCAUGUUGAAUUUUAAGCACUUCUUGUACUGUUAAAAGAGUUGAUAAAAAUAAUUGGGAGUUCAGUUGUGAUUUUACUGCAUAUAUUGAGGUAUUCAGUAAUUCAAUUUCUUAACAUUAUGUGAAAGAUUAAUAAUGUGAAUUAAUCUGUGGAGCACCAUCUAUAUAUUGCUGCAAUAUAGAGUCUGAUCAUAAGCAGUUACUAAGAAAAUCAGCAAAGAACAAUGAGUCAAUCAUGUUCCAUACUAAGGUAGCAGGACAGGAAGCUUUCUUGGUUGCAUACAGAAAUUGAAAAACAACCUAGAUAUGGAUAUGAAUUUGCUGAGAUUCAGGAUACCAAGCCCUGUGAAGUCUGUGAACAGAGGAGAUUUUUUCUGAAAAUGUUUUGACAGCAGGUUAAAAUAAAAUUUGAGAAGUACCUGUUUCAGAGGGCCACAUAUGUGUUAAGCAUAACACAAAUGGAAAUAUUCAGUAAAAUUAGAUCCAAAAUAAUUUUUCUUUUAAGACCUAUGACAAAUAUUUAAUUAGCCACUGGUUUAGAGGAUAUACACAUGGUAAUAAGGAAUUCAGGGUUGUUUUAUAACUAAGUUAUUUGCCCAUUCACUGCUGCAAUGCAUUGAAUACAGUAGACUGUAACUGGAAACCAUUGACACAUAGCACUGAACACGUCUUUGUUGGUUUUGAUUUAAAGGAAAUGAGUCAGAGAAAAUGUGCUGAAAGGUGAUGCUCUGUUUCAACUUGUUGUCUGUGACUGUUGUGUAACCACCCUACAGUGUCAAAAAACCCCCAAUUAAUCCCAACAUUGUUCUCCAUGUUCUCUUCUCUUUUCCCAUGUUAUGUUUCUUAUCUGUAUGGGACUAUAUUAGAAGGAAUUGCAAACAGUAAUAUGGGUCAUCUGAAUUCCAGUACUGCAGGCAUGAUCUGCGUAUAGUGGUCUUACAGGUGUGGUCUUACUGCAAACCUUCCCUCCAUCUCUUUCCCAUGAGUUGGUUUCCAGAUGACAUCACAGAAUAUCAGCCAUGUUUUUGCUCUGACUCCUGUUCAAUACAUUUUCUGCGCUGUCCUCUCUGUGGCUAUGAUAACCAGGCAAGUGCAAAGCUACUUCUGUGGUUCCAGAGCUGAGCUAUGUUACCAGUGACAUGUCUUUGCAGCAUCAGCUCUGUAUACAAUUGUAAGGGUAAGCUGAUUUCCUAUCCAGAAGUUCCCAUAACUGCUGUAAUAAAUUCUGGUAUAAAUUUUAGUGCUGAUCAUUGUUC